CAACCUGGCCGGCAACAACCUCACAGGCUCCAUUCCCCCCGCUAUGAGCCUCCUCAAUAAGCUUAGUGUCAUCGAUCUCUCCUACAACCUCCUCUCAGGCCCCAUCCCUGCUGCAGUCCUCAGCGCCCUUCCGAACCUCUCUUCCAUCAACUUGGGCAACAACCAGCUCACGGGGCCCUUUCCUCCGUCACUUGCCAACCAUACGAGUGUCACUUACAUCGGCUUGCAGAACAACCACCUCUCCGGCUCGCUGCCUGCCUCCCUCUCCUCGUUACCCUCCCUCGUCUACCUGUUGUUAGGAACCAACAACAUCACGGGCUCCCUGCCGGACAGCAUUGGAAGCCUCUCGCUUCUCAGCAACCUCGACAUGGGUUACAACCAGCUCUCAGGCCCCUUCCCCUCAGCCAUUGUCAACCUCUCUCGCCUGCGCACGCUGCGCCUGGGGAGGAAUCACAUAGAGGGCAGCCUGCCAUCCAACCUGCACCGCAUGGCCAGCCUUGAGUACCUGUACCUAGCUCAGAACAACCUCUCUGGGUCCAUCCCUGCAGCAAUCGCCAAUCUCACUGCCCUUUCCUUCCUGGGCUUGGGAGGCAAUCAGCUCUCAGGGCGCAUCCCUCCAGCCAUCACCCGUCUCACCAACUUAUCCGUCCUUGACCUGUCAUACAACAGCCUCAUGGGUCCCAUUCCUGACACCAUAGGCGCUCUCUCCUCGCUCACCAGCCUGAAUGUGAGGCGCAACAACCUCACCGGGUCCAUUCCCAGCUCCCUCGGCACCCUUGCCAAAGCCAUUCUCAUAGACGUGAGUUCCAAUGAGCUUUCGGGGUCCAUUCCUGACUCCAUCACCACCCUCCUCAGCCUCGUGUACAUCGCCAUGGGUCACAACAACCUCACGGGCUCUCUGCCAGCUGGCGUGGGUCGCCUCACCACUCUCAGCCUGCUGGACUUGAGUUACAGCAGCCUGCAGGGGUCGCUCCCUGCAUCGCUUGGCAACCUCACUCUGCUCACAGGCCUCCAAGUGGACAACACAGGGCUGCAGUGCGCCACAGGGGGGUGGUGCGAGCUGAGUCAGCAGACCACGUCGGCAUUCUGCCAGCACUGCUCCUUCUUCUGCUCCAACUGCUCCGUGCAGCCAGCUGAUGUGUGCGCAUCCUUUCAGUUCAACCCCUGUGGAGGGGGUGCCUGUGUCUCCCUCCCCAACGGCACCUACACCUGCCAAUGCCCUCUGGGCAGCACCAUCGGAAACAACGGCACCAUUGCUCCCACUUGCGUCCCUUGUCCCACAUGCCUCAACUCUCCAAGCCCAUCGCCCACCAGCCC